AUGGCUAGCCUGCAACAGGAAUACCCGGGAGUCCUCCUGGGCAUCCUGGAAGAACUGGCAAAUAUGCGUCAGUGGUUGACAUUCCAGGACCUUUGCCGUAUGGUGAGCACCCGGUUUGACCUGGAACACCUCGUCGAGCUCCGGAGCUUGUUGUUUGCGGCGGCUAGCCAGGAUCCUUGUUUUCCGGCGACUCUUUUUCGGGACCGGGUUUCCACCAGGGGACAUGGGCUGUCACCAAUAGGUGUCGCUGCUGACAUCGUGACAAUCUUUAAUCUUAUUCAGAUGACGGGUGGGGCCACUGAUGACAGCCAACCAACGAGAGCUCAGGCGGUCCUGCCUGUGGACCAGUCCUUAACACCCAGUCUGCCCGGGAUCCACCAUCUGAACAUUCCUGUCAGGGAGAGAGCACGUGCUCAUUCUGACUCCAGUGCAAGCCAUAUUGACAAGCACUUGCUUUUUCCACAUUCCAAUUACUCUGUGCGCAAGCGAGGCAGUCUUCCUCCCGAUCCUACUUCAUUUGUGUCGCCCCCUCCCGUCAGGACGCGAGCUGUGUCUUUCGACCUGCCUCACACCACUCUUUUGUACUCCAGUGGGCAGAACCCUAGCAAGACUAUGAAGGAUAUAUACCUGCCUUUGGAAACAGACAGUGAGUCGAGUGGCGAUUCAAAUGCAGCUGAGGUGUUUGAGACGGAGCAAGAAUCAACAGUUGACCAGAAGAGAAACAUCUUUAAGAAGGACUUCCACAACCAGCCGCCUCUUAUACCGCAGGUGACCAUCAAUACUGAGUCUCCUAGUCCUAAAGGGGAGAAAGGCUGUGACAAUCACAGCUUUGAAAUGAUUCCUAACCCUUACCCUUCGCCAACUGCAGUCCAACAGUCUACAGAGCAACGGACGAAACAUGAAAAUCUUGAUGACCUGCAGGACUCCACAUACUUUGGACCUGGAUCAAUCCCGGACCGGUCCCCGAAACACUUAGAGCCUCCCAGAAGUCAAAGGCCAAUCUGGAGUAACAAGAGUCACAGUCUAGAGGACCGCGUCAUCCCUUCUCUUACUGGUAUGGGACUUGAAUCUUUUGGCGUAAAACUACCAAGGCGAUCGAGGCCUGCUAUCAGCAAACUAGGUGGUUCCUUGGGGGGCGAGAUUGGAGACAUUGUAUUUGAUGGAAUGAAGGCUCAAGGAACCCAGACUGAUCCUCCAGACACUCGGCGCCUCCGUAGCCUUGUCCAUGCAGACCGUCUAUCCUUUAUGACUUCUUUAGAUGAUCCAGACUUUGCUGAUGAUGACAUUAGUGCAAUCUUCCGGUUUUUAGAUGACAUAAGCAUGUGCGGUUCCACAGGAGUCCUGCACCCUAAUGAUGGAUCUGGGGGCCUCAACCAGGAUACACAUGAAGCAAGACGGGGUCGCCUAGGUCAACUCCAGAGGCUUUUCCAUUCUCUGGAAAGCAGUGAUGACGGACUAAAGGCCAGUGUGUGCAAGCUGUUGCUUCGUAUGAGCCAGAUAGAGCGACAGUUGGAAUCACUAAAUGAUGUAAAAGCAGAGAUUUCCCAAGUAUUGUCUGCUUUGCAACGACUGGAUGAAAAGAUCCCGCAACCUGCUGUUGAUAGUGGACAAAGUAGCGGUGGCCGAUGGCUGGAGCCCCUAAGCGGCGUCUCAUCCUUCAUGAGCCACCCUAUCACGCCCUCUGAGUCUUCUGAGCCUCAGCCUCUGUCUGUGUCAGAGCAUCUUUUUCCAGCAACGAGCACUAAUAGUCUGGAUUGGAGCAGGUGGAACACUCCCGGGGAGCAAACUGAGAGUGGCAACUGUCCGGGCGAUCUAAAACUGGGGAAAGAUGGGAAGAAAGAUGUCCCGUCACUUCGUGCCUCAAAAAUCGAGACUGGGGCGAAAGGGGGGGCUGAUUCCAAGCAAGCAAAUGUGUCAAGCAUGGCAAAAGAUUGGAUGGUGUCUUUCUCAAAAAUUAAAGGGGGCAAAUCUUCACAUGGAAAAUCUGGGCAGGAGCACCAAUCAAGCAGAACUGCAAAACUCAUCUCCCAGAAGUCAUCCAGUUUGGUGGAACAAGUGUUUAGCUCUUCCUUAUUUGGCAACAAAGAAAGCAGCCUUACUGGUGGCCUCACCGCAGGAAAGAUUAUAGAACCUAGACAGGCUGAAGCAAGAGGAAGAUCAGUCUGGACUGUGGACGACCGAGAAGCACGUGUCUCCCCUUUUGAUUUACAGGCCCGUGAUUCUCUGAACCCUAACAACAUGGAAUUCUGGAUGGACGACAUCUACACACCGGGCUACGAUGCAUUACUCAGGCGUAAAGAGGCUGGCCUCCGCCGGGCCAAAGUUUGCAAGUUGUUGGCACUCAUUGCUGCUGCAAUAGGAAUCAUUCUCAUCAUUGUCAUUCCAAUUUGCACUAUAAGAUCAUGA